AUGGGAUCGACCGAACCAGAUCAGAAGCCCAUCAAUCUCCAGCUUGGAUGGCCGACUCCGUCUCUCUUUCCAACCAACGCUUUGGCCGAGGCAACACAGGCUGUUCUUCUCGAUAGCGAGAGCGCUGCCGAGAGCCUCGUGUACGGACCCGAUCCUGGCCAUGUGUCACUCAGGUCACGCAUUGCGUCCUGGCUAAGCGACUUCUAUCAGCCCAGAGCUGGCCAAAUCAACCCGGCGCGCCUCUUCGUGACCAACGGCGCUUCAGCAGCACUGGGUAUGCUCCUGUCCAGAUUCACCAGCCCUACGUACACCCGAACUAUAUGGAUGGUGGAGCCCACCUACUUCUUGGCUUGUGCAUCUUUCAACGAUGCUGGGUUCGAGGGCCGCCUGAGAGGUGUCCCCGAAGAUAAUGAGGGGAUAGACAUCGACUUUCUGAGACGUUCCAUUCAAGGUGUCGAGGCCCAAGCGCAAGCAACAGGUGCUCAGAAGCCACCUAGUUCCAAGGCCAAAGUCUUCCGCCAUAUUAUAUAUGUCGUCCCGACCUUCAGCAAUCCCAGUGGCAAGAUCAUGUCGCUUAGGAGACGUGAGCAGCUGGUGCGUCUGGCACGCGAGUUUGACGCUUGCAUCAUCUCCGACGAUGUCUACGACUGGCUGCGGUGGCCUGCCAGCGAGGCCAAGGGCAAUGGCAGUGUCGACGAUAAACAGCUGCCGCCUCCGCCGCCACGGCUCGUGGACAUCGACCGUGCUCUGCCUGGCGGGUCUCCGUGGGGCAAUGCCGUGAGCAAUGGCUCAUUCUCCAAGAUUGUUGCCCCCGGUGUGAGGGUCGGCUGGGUAGAAGGCUCACCACUGCUUAGUGCAGACCUCUGUAAGUUCGGAGCAGUCGUCUCGGGUGGCUCUCAGGGCCACUUGUCGUCCAUGUUCGUCGGACAUCUGCUGCAGUCUGGCGCGCUUGAGCAACACAUCUAUCAGGCGUUGAUCCCCGUGUAUCAGCAACGCUAUUACGCCAUGAUGGAGUCCAUUAAAACUCACUUGUACCCCCUUGGGAUAACUGUGGCCCCACUCGGUACGUGUGAAGAGGACAGAGGGGAUGGUCAUCUGCCUGUUGUGGGCGGCUUUUUCUUGUUUCUGAGGUUUCCCAAGGACUCGCCGCCCGUUUCCAAGGUCGCCGAAUAUGCUUUAUCACACCUUGGCUUACGGAUCGCUCAUGGAGACCUGAUGACUGUCCGGGGAGACGCCGAUGGCCUGAUCAGGGCGAAACAGACCUUCGGGCAAGGUGCCAGGCUGUGCUGGGCCUGGCACGGCGAAGACGAGAUCGACGAGGGCAUCCAGAGGCUAGCUAUCGCCUUUCAAAGCGUAGUACAGGGCCCCACCAUAUCAUAG